GGCUGUUCGGUAAAGCUAAACAGACACAGUAUAUUUAAAGUAUUUUCCUUGAUUUACUUGAACACACCAGGUUACAAAUAAUGACACAAUAUAUGUAUCAUAUUGUGACAAGCUUGCAGGUACAAUACAGAAAAUGAACAAGCCCAGACAUCCUAUCAAAAAUGGAGAAAAAUCAAAAUCCAUUCUGGAGGAAAAACUUUAUUAGAGGUACAUUUGUGGGAUAGAGAGCAGCAGCAGUGAACAAUGACUGUGCACAGUGGAACGAUGGUGAGUUUUGUUUCCACACGGAUGCAGUUCGUGUAAUGCCCAUUUCGCAAUUACUGUACACUUCGUAAUCAAGUCUCAGUUCUGUUUAUCCGUGGAUCAUGUGUAGACUUUGAUUGCUGUUGAAGGUUUUCGAUGUUCGCAACGCUUCAGUGGUAAAAAAUAUUCUCACCGUGUUGGAGAUAAAACGUUUUUGCCUUCAGCGGACGAUGAACUUUUUCUGCCUUUUUGAGCCAACUGAAGCGGUUAGUCCAACUUAAGCAAGUUGCCAUUAUCAAGUGCUGAAAUACUCAUGGAUGUGGAAGACGGUGAAAUAUUGUCGGAUGACGACAAGUCUUGCGAAGUGCGAGACGGCCGUUUUCAAAAGCCUCCUCGAGCGGAGAAGAGGCUGUCGCUUUCGGAAACAUUUUCCGCGAUGAUGAACGGGUUUUGUCUGGAUAUCCCUCUUCCUGAUUCUCCAAAGCCUCCGAAUAGCCAUCAGUUGUCCCCAAUUCCUUCGCCAGAAGUUGUUGAUAUGCUCAUUGCGUCUGACAUAUCUGAUACAGAUUCAGUUGUGUUGCUCCUAGAAGAGCAAGAUGAAAAUAAAGCUGCACCCGUAGUCAACGAUUCCGUUGAAGAGUUAUUCCUACGGAAGGCUGCUAUACAAUCCGUGUUGAUGAAGAGCACUCGUGAAGAUACUCAGAAGUAUUGUGCAAAGAAAUCCAUGUCUCGAAAACGUUCGAAAUCCUCAAGCAUUGCCAAAAUGACUUCGAAAAAGCCGAAGAAACACAUGAAAAAGAAAACGUGUUCUACUGUUGAAGGCACACAAAAUGCGGGUGUCUGUUUAUCUGCGUUGCAUGAUGGGGCAUCUAAAACUAGUUUGGACCUGGAAGAAGACGACGAAGAAAUACUUCGGGCACGAUUGCUCAUGGAUGUCGCGAAGAAGAGAGGAAAACCAACUGCUCCUGUGGCGACAACUCCUGUGGUUCUUAAUACUUCUUCCAAACCUACCGUUCCCGAAGUCAAUUUAAGCCAUGAGAAUAUGUCCGUUGCUAAGCGCCUGUGGGGGCCUAAGGAAGUUCCAGCGCCCCCUGUGGUGAUGGCUGUUCCUGCUCAAGUGAAGAAACGUGGACCUUUAAUAAUUAACAUUGGACAAGGGGAUUCCUCGUCUGAGGAGGAAUUAUCGGAAGAUGUCGUGGAUUCGAACUGCAAUGACAUCAAGAAACCACAUGAAAAUGGCAAAACCAAGAUUAUUGGAGCAGUCAAGCCUGUUCCACAGCUGGUUUCAACGGCUGCCAGUAUUAAAAGUAGUACUGCGAAACUACGAGAUGAGUUGUUGCGAGCUGGAUAUGAGCUCAAGCAGAAGAAAAUCAGAGAGCAGAAAAAAAUUCUGGAACUUUUUGAGAAGAAGAAGACAAAAGAACGUUGUAAGGCAUCUGAAGUCACGACGUUCAACAAGGAAGAUUUGAGCGAUCCUCAGAAGUUCGUGGAAGGGAGAAAUCAAGAACCCUGUGAUAAAAUGAAUGCGACUGUUCAAUUGACUGCAAAACAGUUUCCGGACGCAAACGCUGAUGGAUCUUCCAGUUCAAAUAACGGGGAAUCAAUUCGUGUACCUGAUAGUCCAUCUGCUCCUGGCUCGCCACCAUCUUUGCGGCUUUUGCUUGAGUCUAGUGAAGACUCAGAUGAGAAUCCCCCUCGUGACGAUAUUUUGGUGGACAAAGGAUUGGGUCGAUUGCUUGUAGUUCAAGAAAAAUUGAGUGCCGUUGAGAAGAUCGCAAGUCUAGUAGGAGAGGAGAAGAAAGCUUGCGAAGAAUAUGAAGCCGAAUUAGAGAUCCUUCGCCGGCGGUUAACUCUAACGCAAAAAGGCCUGCAAGUGAGGAAGGCGGCGAUGGAAAAGGCCAGCAAUGAGCUCAAAGCCGCGGCCAUGGAGCUGAGUGUGAUUUUCAAAGCUAACGAGGCCGCUUGCACCCCGGAAGUGAUUGCGGCUGUGCUCGCUCAUCUUCCGGACAGCGACCGUGAGUCUUUGAAUUUUUACAUUGACCCCGUGGGUGAACCUCUGGGGGAAUCACCUAAGAUAGGUGUGUUUGCGGUGAAUCAAUCUGUUUUUGCGCAGCGUGAUGUGAACUUUGAUGGUGUUAUCCUUCUGUGA